AUGAAGAGCUUAGGAUGCACCGAAAUUAUCAAUUGUUGCCUGACGAAAAUAAUUUGCAGUAGCGAUGUCUCUCACAUUCACUAUACUAUAACCACAUCAUUUCCAGCAUCACCUCAAUUUUCUUCAUUUUCACUAACUAUAAAACCUUCAUGGUCAUUUUUUCCUCUAUCUGUUUCUGUGCCCAAAACCUCAAACUUCCCUGAAACAAUUUGAUUUAAGAAAUUCCCAUUUCCCUUUAUAAUGGUUAAGAAGAUUGUUAAAGGCCCAACAGGCUCAUCUAAAGUGAAAGAGCAGUGACGAAAAGUCUAUGACGGUAUUGCGAAAAUGAGAGAAGGCAUAGAGGCACCAGUAGAUGUAGAAGGCGCAUCAACUCUUGCAGAUCAAACUUUAGAGCCUCGACUAGUGCGCUAUCAAACCUUAAUAGGACUACUUUUAAGCUCCCAAACAAAGGACCCAGUUACUGCAAAAACUAUUGAAAAGCUCCAAAGUCGAGGACUUACCCCAGAAAGAAUGGCAGAAAUUUCCGUUGAAGAUUUAGCUGAAGAAAUCUAUGGGGUAAGCUUUCACAAUAACAAGGCAAAAUAUAUUAAAAAAACCUCGCAAAUUUUGCUAGAAAAAUAUAAUGGGGAUGUUCCUAAUGAUUUCAAAAAAGUUAUUGCAUUACCUGGAAUAGGCCCGAAAAUGGCCCAUUUGUUUUUGCAAAUUUGCUUUGACAGAACAGAAGGAAUUGCAGUAGAUACCCAUGUGCAUAGAAUAUCGAAUAGACUGGGCUGGGCGAAAUCGAAAAACCCUAUAGAGACUAUGAAACAACUGCAAGAGCUUUUACCAAAAAAACUAUGAGGUGAAGUAAAUGAGCUGCUGGUAGGGUUUGGACAAACAAUUUGUACAGCAAAAAAGCCAAAAUGUAAUGAAUGUGAUAUUGUAAAGCUUUGUCCUUAUUACAAGUCAAAGCAUAAAGACUAA